UUUCACUUUGUCCGGCUGCUGUUCCGCUGAGCGUCUUUCCUAUCUGUGUAGGUGAGGCUGGUCGGAUGUCUUUGGGUUUUUUUUUUUUAUCUGUAGUUGUGAGCUUGUGACAGAGUCCUUAGAUCGAUCGCUCAGACACCAGGACUGACGAAGAGACUGAGCAGCUUCUUUUCUCAAAAUGUUUCUUCCACACAUGAAGGUGGAAAGGGUGUGAAGUGAGCUCAGCAGGUGUGGCUUCUGCUAUGGAUCAGUGUGAGCACAGAGAGGAGGGAGUCCCUCCCUCUAAAUCCACUCUGUGUGGGGAACAUGACAGCAAGACCAAAGCUCAGAGUUUCUAUCAGAAAACACAAGCCCCUCCUUCAUCCACCGGUGUGUCCUUCAAGAGUAAUCGAUCUAUGAUUCAACCCAUUAUAUUCAAAGAUGAAGACAAACAUGCACAUUAUAGAAUCAAUAAGGAGACACUGUUGUCUACUUCACUGAGCUGUGUGUCAAUGAAGAGUGACCGAUCUAUGAUUCAACCAAUAACCUUUUCUAACAGAGAGCGGUCUGUUGAUACAGGUGUUUUGCAGAGCUCAGAGACUCUCAGUGGUCAGUCUGAUCUGGACUCCAUAUUUACGACGCUGGAGGAGAACAUGUUCAGUUUUUUAAAGAAUGAGCUGAAGAAGAUGAGGAAGGUCGUGCUUUCAGACUAUCCAGAAUGGUUAGAGUGUCAGAGGGAGGAUGAGGAGGUGCUGGAGGCUGAGGAUGAAGAACAGAGGAGGAGCAGUAGAGAGUCAUUUUUGAAGAUCACGCUGCAAUUCCUUAGGAGAAUGAAGCAGGAGAAGCUGGCUGAGUGUCUGCAGAGCAGAACUCGUGCUGCAAAGUGCCAAAAAAACCUGAAGUCUAACCUGAAAAAGAAGUUCAAGUGUGUGUUUGAGGGGAUUGCUAAAGCAGGAAGCUUAACCCUUCUGAAUCAGAUCUACACAGAGCUGUACAUCACAGAGGGAGGGACUGCAGGGGUCAAUGAUGAACAUGAGAUCAGACAGAUUGAAACCGUAUCCAGGAAAUUGAACAGACCAGAAACUGCAAUCAGACAAGAAGAUAUCUUUAAAGUCUCACCUGGAAGAGAUGAACCAAACAGAACAGUGCUGACAAAGGGAGUGGCUGGCAUUGGGAAAACAGUCCUAACACAGAAGUUCACUCUGGACUGGGCUGAAGACAAAGCCAACCAGGACAUCCAGUUCAUGUUUCCAUUCACUUUCAGAGAGCUGAAUGUGCUGAAAGAGAAAAAGUUCAGCUUGGUGGAACUUGUUCAUCACUUCUUUACUGAAACCAAAGAAGCAGGAAUCUGCAGCUUUGAAGACUUCCAGGUUGUGUUCAUCUUUGAUGGUCUGGAUGAGUGUCGACUUCCUCUGGACUUCCGCAAAACUAAAAUCCUGACUGAUGUUACAGAGUCCACCUCAGUGGAUGUGCUGCUGAUAAAUCUCAUCAGGGGAAAACUUGUUCCCUCUGCUCGCCUCUGGAUAACCACAAGACCUGCAGCAGCCAAUCAGCUCCCUCCUUCAUGUGUUGGCAUGGUGACAGAGGUCAGAGGAUUCAGUGACCCGCAGAAGGAGGAGUACUUCAGAAAGAGAUUCAAAGAAAAGGAGCAGGCCAACAGGAUUAUCUCCCACAUCAAGAAAUCACGAAGCCUCCACAUCAUGUGCCACAUCCCAGUCUUUUGCUGGAUCACUGCUACAGUUCUGGAAGAUGUGCUGAAAACCAGAGAGGGGGGACAGCUGCCCAAGACUCUGACUGAGAUGUACAUCCACUUCCUGGUGGUUCAGGCCAAAAUGAAGAAGGUCAAGUAUGAUGGAGGAACUGAGACAGAUCAGCACUGGAGUCCAGAGAGCAUAAAGAUGAUCGAAUCUCUCGGAAAACUGGCUUUUGAUCAGCUGCAGAAAGGAAACCUGAUCUUCUAUGAAUCAGACCUGACAGAUUUUGAAGUAAUUAUCAAGGAUGCCUCAGUGUACUCAGGAGUGUUCACACAGAUCUUUAAAGAGGAGAGAGGACUGUACCAGAACAAGGUGUUCUGCUUUAUCCAUCUGAGUAUUCAGGAAUUUAUGGCUGCCCUUCAUGUCCAUCUGACCUUCAUCAACUCUGAAGUCAACCUGCUGGAGAAACUGCAAAAAACAGAUCAGCAUUCUUUAAAACAUCUCCACCAGAGUGCCGUGGACAAGGCCUUAGAGAGUUCAAAUGGUCAUCUGGACUUGUUCCUCCGCUUCCUCCUUGGGCUUUCACUGCAGUCCAAUCAGAUUCUCCUAAAAGGUCUACUGACACAGACAGGAAGUAGUUCAAAUGCUGAUGUGGAAACAGUCCAGUACAUCAAGAAGAAGAUCAGUGAUAAUCAGUCUGCAGAGAAAAGCAUCAAUCUGUUUCACUGUCUGAAUGAACUGAAUGAUCGUUCUCUAGUGGAGGAGAUCCAACAGUCUCUGACUUCGGGAAGUCUUUCUACAGAUAAACUGUCUCCUGCUCAGUGGUCAGCUCUGGUCUUCAUCUUAUUGUCAUCAAAGGAAGAUCUUGAUUCAUUUGAACUGAAGAAAUACUCUGCUACUGAGGAUGCUCUUCUGAGGCUUCUGCCAGUGGUCAAAGCCUCCAAGAAAGCUCUGCUGAGCUGUUGUAACUUGUCGUGGAGAAGCUGCAAAGCUCUUUCAUCAGUUCUCAGCUCCGAGUCUUCUAGUCUGAGAGAGCUGGACCUGAGUAACAAUGACCUGCAAGAUUCUGGCGUGAAGCUGCUGUCUGGUGGACUAAAAAGUGUACACUGUAAACUUGAAACUCUAAGUCUCUCAGGUUGUCUGAUCACAAAAGAUGGAGGUGAAUCUUUGGUCUUGGCUUUGAGGUCUAACCCCUCCCAUCUGAGAAAUCUUGAUUUGAGCUACAAUCAUCCAGGAGAAUCUCAUGUGGAGGAGCUUUCUAAGGGAGUGAAGAAUACUCAGUGGAGACUUAACAAUCUAAGAGUGGACCAUUGUGGAGAGCAGUGGCUAAAACCUGGACUACUGAAGUAUUCAUGUGAACUCACAGUGGACACCAACACAGUGAACAGAAACCUCAGACUAUCUGACAACAACAGGAAGGUGACACGUGUGAAACAGGACCAGCCAUAUCCUGAUCAUCCAGACAGAUUUGACUGCUGGCCUCAGCUGCUGUGUAGAAAUGGUCUGACUGGUCGCUGUUACUGGGAGUUGGAGUGGGAAGGAGAAGUUUAUAUAGCAGUGAGUUACAGGAGAAUCCAAAGGAAAAAAAAGAGUGAUGAGUGUUGGUUUGGAGGAAAUGAUCAGUCCUGGAGUCUGAGCUGCUCUGAUGGUGGUUACUCUGUGUGGCACAAUAACAGAGAAACAUUCAUCUCCUCCCCCUCCUCCUCAUCCUCGGUCUCUGACAGAGUAGCAGUGUAUGUGGACUGUCCUGCUGGCACUCUGUCCUUCUACAGAGUCUCCUCUGACACUCUGAUCCACCUCCACACCUUCAACAUCACAUUGACUGAAUCUCUGUAUGCUGGGUUUGGAUUUGGGUUCUGGUCAUCUGAAUCUUUACUUUCUCUGUGUUCUUAGUGUACCUUUAAUCUCAUCACUGAGACAGGACACACGCCACUUGUAAGUUUUUUACUGUCCAUGUUUACAAAGGGACAUCUUUUCAUAAAUGUAACCAAGUGGAUUUAGAGCCUAAAGCUGACCAGCGAGUGAAGUAAAAGUGGUGAAAAGUGAAACAUGUUAGAAAGAGAAGAUGGCCUUAACAGGGUGUGAACUAGUGAACUUGUAAAGUAAAAACAUGAUGCAUUUAAGGUUAUCCUGUUUGGUUUUUACUUAAGAAGAGAAUUUGUUCCACUGUGCGAUGGCCGAGUCUCUUUGUUUGCUUGGAGAUAAUUUCUCCUGCUUAGAGAAAAUCCUCUCACACGAAACAGAAGAGGUUGCAUUGCACAGAAACUGCAAUGCAAGUUGGUAGAGAUGCAGGUAUACGAUCUUCCUGGGUCCCACAAACUAUCACCGAAAAAGAGUAAACAAAGUAAAUUGCUGCACAUUUUGUAGAAUAACAUUUUAAGAUUAUUUUAACAAUGAAAUUCUUUAAUGAUAUGUAUAUUAUGAAAAGCAGAUGUUUUGUUAAGACAUUUUAAGUUUUUCAAAUUUCAGAUAAAAUAAAUACACCCAAAACAAAGGCAAGCAACAAGAACAGAAAGCUGGCAAACCCACCUGAU